AGUUCGCACGGCCCGGGGGGGGGGGGGGCAGAGUGAGUCAGCACAGCGGGGGAGGCAGGCAGGCAGACAACCGGAGGGGCCACUUGGACAGACAAGACAGGUUUCUGCUGCUGUUCAACGACUCACCUUGGGUGGCCGGUCCAGGCCAACGCCUCGUUCUGAUUGCAAACUCUGAAUUAAAGACCAGUCUUGACGCAAUGUGUGAGACGGCCACGUUGAACAAAAGCUUCUAAAACCGAAUAUGGCUUUCGGCAACAUUUAUUCAUCUGCCUGGAUUUUGGGGUACAGAGCUUUGCCUGCCUAUAGGUAGGUAGGUAGCUUGGUCUCGUCUGUGCUGCCUGCCCUUAUGCCCGGGGUUUAGCAGGGCCGCAUUUUCCCCUUAUUCCCAUGUUUGCAUUAUCCGCAAACUUGGCAACACAGAAUCGGCUGCCAGCACUGACGCACGUCCUCGGAAGGACUCAGCGGAGAUGUGAUUGAAGGCGCAAAACCUGACCUCUGAGACGCGCCUCGACAAGUUUCCUUUCUGGCGUUGGUUUUAUCGAGUCCUACUACUUUCCUAAGGCUGACGGAUUUCCAGGUUCUUCAGAGGCCGUUCGAGGACCGGGCUUUCUAGGGGCUCAAGAUUGUUCCUUUUUUUUUCUUUCAUUCUUUCGUUCUGUUCUCCCUAUCCCCUACCCCUGCUGACCGCGUGUUAAAAUAGCUGUACCACCUCAAAAAAAAAAAAAUAUUGAUCCCUAGUAUUGCCAGCCUAGCUAGAAACUUGGCACGAUUGGGGGGGAAAAUGUCAAGUUAUUCCCAGCUGUGGCACUCUUUAGUUGAAGUUUAUGCGCCAUAGCUUCCCAGACCGCCGGCCCAUCUGACCGAUUACUUGCACAGCCCGGCGGGAGAUCGGCGGGGGGGCUCCAGGGAAGACGUACGACCGAGAGCUCGAAAAAAACGUGCUGCAAGUAACGGUCGUUGACCGAGUUUAGUCAGGAACAAUGACAUAGCGAUCAGUUUGCUUCUCGAGCUAUGCUAGUCUAGUCUUGCAGUGAGUGCUGUAGUCCUCUCUGGACAUGGGGGGGUGCCGGCAGGGAUCACCGUAGCCUAGCUGUGAUCAGCUCCGCUAGCGGCCUAGGCAUGCAUGAGCUAUUGUCUUGAACGCAACCAACCACUGACCAGCAAGAAAACACAAAAAAAAAAAAACACGUCCGUUAGUUAGUUCGAUUUUGCUAGAUCCCGUGGUGGUCAGCGAGGCUUACUGUCCCUCCCUGUCGCAUAACACAAAGAUGCCGUGGAAGAGUCGAUGAGACAUGGAUUUGAUGCUGGGCUCCGCGAAGCAACAGGGCAAGCGAGCUGUCAAAAAGCAGCUAAGCAUGCUUGUCUCUGUUGGUGUAGGUGCGUGUAUAAGGUCAGUGAGAGCCAAACUGAUCGGACUUUCCUACCGCUACGGGCCUCUGGAUCUUUUCCCUUGGCAAAUAUUCAUGACUGAAGCGCUUUAGCCUCUUUUUUUUGUGUGUCUUUUUUUUCAUGUUUUCUUUCUGGUGUUGUCGGUGAUUAUAAUGCUUUGAGAUACCCCUUGCUCAGCAUCUAGACCGGUCAACUCCGCCUCUUUUGCCUUUCUUUUUUCUUGGGACAGUAGCUCGCUCCUCUAGACUGUAACCCAGUCGGAGUUUUUGGAGAUAUUGCUGCCGCAAAGAAAAAAAAAGAGCCAAAAAAAACCCACAACCGCAGCAGAUUCUGCCCAGGCCCCCGGGUCAACAUGACAGUCUACCAAGAUCCAGGGCACUUUUGCCAUGCCAGAUGGCAACAAUGGGUCCUAACACCAUUCUGGAUAAUCCAGUUCACCAUGCUGUUGAGCAUGUCGGGAAUCUUCAUCUUCCGGCUCAUCGAAACGUCAAAUCAACCACUGGUCAAGGGCAAGAGCCAAAACGACCUGAUGAUACAGCAUGUAUGGGAGGCGACGAAUGUGGCGUUUCCCUUGAUUGCGGCGGGCUUGACGGGCGCCGAAGUGUUCAGGUUCUUCAACAAGAAUAUAACCCCGUCCUGGAUGGUGCUGUCCCACAUCCUCAAAACUUUUUUCGCCAGUGUCGUCUUGGCCCUCGACGUUACGGUCUAUGUCAAGAGGGUUAAAGACCCCUACGUCACUCCCGGUUUGGCGAUUGGUUGUGCUCUAGUGCUAAUAACUUGCGUGCCUGCCGUGUACGUUACUGUGGUUUACCGGGGGCUUAUGAAGCACGAGUACCACCACCCGGGUUGUCAAGGUCUCAAGAAGCCCAACCUUUCCGGCAGGAAGGAAGGUGACAAGGCACCGUCAUUGAGCUUGACGACACCCUCGAGCGACAGCGGAUCGCUGGGCAAGACUGACAAGAUGGGUGCGUACUUCACCACGGAGAGCGGGGACGACAUGAUCAAGAAGGAGGAACCCGGGCCAGGCCUGCAGCGUUCCCGGACAAAGAGGCUCUCCCUCGCCAGCCUCAAGUCCCUCACGCGAACCAAGACCAUCUCUAGUCGCAAGGCCCCGCCUAGUCCAGCAGCUGCUCCCUACGACGUUGUCGAUCGAGAGAGCACCGACACCAACCCGUGGACGGCGCCGAGCGAUCUACCCCUCGAGAAGUACACGCACGAGCGAUGCACGGCCUUUGACGAGUUCAUCCAGCGGAGGGUGUCGGGCGAGGACAUGGACAGGCCCGACGGCGGCUGGAUGGGAGGUGCCGGCGGCUCGUAUAGGCCUCGGCCGUCGAACCUGGACUUCUUCUCGGCGAGCAGGAGAUCCAGCGGCUACUCCAUCAACAGCUCGCUCCCUUCGCCUCUGGGACUGCCGAGGGCGCCACUCCCCAUGCCCACGGCCGUGAUUGGCAGCUCGAGGGUGACGAGCCGCAACAGCCACGUCGGCGUGCUGGGGUCCGUCCCAGAGACGGCCGAGCCCAGCGGAGAGCCCAGCCCACAGCAGCAGAGGCAUUUCAGCAUGGGCAGGUUACGAAGCAUAGCCCCAGACCCCUUGUGGGCCACCGAGCCCAUACGCAGGGUCACCAUUGCCGGCGCAGGUGCGCGAUAUAGCAAAUUCGAGGCGGCAAAGGGCGAAUGGCCCCUCCGCGCCGAUUCCGACAUGUGGGUGCCCGCCUCGGCCUUUGACAUAGAAUCUCAACCCCUGCAUCGCAAGGACGGGUCACCAUGACCUCGCACGCCUACUGUUACGACAUAGUCUUUUUUUUCCUUUGUUUUAAUGGGGAUACCUAAAAAAAAGAAAAUAGGAGCAGGUCUUCUGAUGGGACUCGGUGUUACAAGGCAGAAAUAUCGACAAGCACAAAAAGCCGACGAACCCCGACACACUGGACGACCGCGUCAAGAUAGUCACCUUUUUUGGGAAUUCUGAUUCUGAUACAGAUACAGAACCAAAGGACUCACGCCCCUGCACCAUCACAAGCUCCUUUGUAUAUUGUCAACGAAUUCCAUUUGUAUUACUAAGUCUAGAAUAAGACGGACCGGCUAGGGUUACCCCAAAGGGGGAAGUCGGGAGAGCUCAUCAACUGUACCAUAAUCUAAUCAUGAAUUGACAGGCCUCUUACGGAUGAGGAUACCAACUUUCAAGUCUACAGUCGGUGGAUCGUUUCCGAUGAAAUCACGCCAUUGUGAUCCAUGGUGCGGGCAGUUCAGGAUGAG